AUGUCGGUACCCGCUGUUGUACCUGCGCUACGGGAGAAAACUUUACGUCAGCAACGCUUCCUUGAAUACUUGUACUUUGGUACCUCCCGGGGUCAUUAUCCCUGCAAAUCUACGGUGGGCCCUAGAUCCCCGUUUCUUUGUAGUUUGCCUCCGACCCAGCGACCUUCGAACUCAUUUACCUCUUACAACUACAACCUUAUAUGCCUGCUGUUCCUCCUCACAACAACACUUUCUAUCUAUAUGGACACAGAGUUGGAUGCGACGGACAUACAAUCUCAAGUACUUCAAAAUACCCUUCUGGAGAUAUCGUCAUCAACGAAACGGUCCGAAGCCGAUAACCCAAACGAGACAUGUUGCGUCAUCUGCCUCGAUAGCAUUACCGAGGUCUGUGAGGCCCGGCCUUGCAGUCAUCGGAACUUCGAUUAUCUUUGCCUACUAAGUUGGUUAGAGCAACAAUCAAAAUGUCCUCUGUGCAAGAGUAAUAUAGACGAGGUCUGGUAUGAUUUUGAGAGUGAUAGCCCGGAUGCGAAAAGCAGGGUGUACCUAGUUCCGCCCCCGAAGGCUUCAUCGAAACAGCCCAUACAGCCUCCCGCUCAAAUAUACCGACCGCGCACUUUUUUUUCGAGACCAAACCGUCGUCGAUACGAAGAAGCACCACCACGGCCCGUCACUAUCAGUGAGCCUAUUCUCCGUAGACAAGAUGUCUAUCGAAAACAGCUGUACUCCUUACACGUAGGGUCAAACCAAAGAUCAGGCUAUCGAGAUUUGACUCCUCAAGUAUUCGAAUCGGAUCCCGAGAUGAUAUCAAGGGCGCGAACAUGGCUCAGGCGGGAACUCCAAGUUUUCGAGUUCCUUCGAACUCCGCCCACCGCGCAAUCAAGCGACGAUGCGACGACGAGAAGGCGCGCAAACAAUGCCGAGUUUCUACUCGAAUACAUUAUUGCUAUCUUGAAAACUGUCGAUAUUCAAGGAAGCCAGGGGCAAGCCGAGGAAAUGUUGAAAGAGUUUCUUGGUCGCGACAAUACCAAGUUGCUCCUUCACGAGCUCAAAAACUUUCUCCGUAGUCCAUGGUCGUUAGAGGCUUGGGAUCGCAAAGUUCAAUACCCUACGGCGAGGAAGCGGCCGAUCGAGGAAGAUGAUGCGGAAAGGAACCGCCAGGAAAGAACAAGGUCUCGAACAUCUGUGGCAGAAGAAGGGAUUGACAGACGGAAACGGCGGGUAGUUGAUUCCUACCGCCCUUCCUACUCAAGCCGUCGCCACAAUAGGACAGAAGAUACCAAUCAAUAUAUACCUGAUUAAUCUCCCAACCUGGUUUUUAUUUGAAGCACUACGGUCUAUUCGAUAUAAGCCUAAGACUAAUAUGCCCAGAACCCUGAAAGCCGAGUCAAGUCUCUUAGGCUGUGUGGCCAGCCAGAGCAAGGUGGAUGAUAGAGCGUGACGAGGCGGUUUCGUCAUCUUUGGUUAACUCGGCGUAGCGCUUGCAAAGCUCCAUUGCUAUGCAAUUGUUCAUUGGGUGGCUGUUGUGCCACUGCACUUAGCAAAUACCUACAAUAACCACAGGGC